AUUGAAGGGGAAGUGGGGGACCCACAUCAUGUGUCAUUGGCGUGGAGGGCAGAACGCACGUGGAGCGCUCGUUUGAGGCAUUCCCAUUGACGUCGCGGUGUGCAGGGCUUUAAUUAAUUGGCAAAAAGAGUUUAAUUGGGGCGGGGCCCAUCAAGAGUCACCUUCGCAAUGGUCUUCCUGUCCUUAAGUCGUUUGGUCAGGGUGAAGAGUGAUAACCAUUACUGGCGGGCGAAGGAGCUCUUCAAGUAUUCGCAGCAUUUCCGAGGACGCAAGAACCGAUGCUAUGGCCUGGCCGUGCGCGCGGUCCGGCGCUCUUUCGUCUAUGCCACCAAGGCUCGGCAUCUGCGAAGGCGAAACAUGCGCACCUUGUGGAUCACACGAGCCACUGCUGGCAUCUUGGAGCACGGGCUGAAAUACAGCCAUUUCAAAACCAACCUUCUGAAGACACAGGUGAUGCUGAACCGCAAGAUGCUCGCUGACCUUUCGAUCACGGAGCCCCGUACAUUCAAGUCGUUGGCGGCUCUGGCGAAGCGUCGCGGGGAGGAGGGCUUCCUGGCGGCACUGGAUGACGGGAAGGAACCCACGGGGAUUUUUUCACGAGUCGUACAUUGCGAUCGCACAUAGGCGCCAAUAGCUGCCUGGCACGGGCCCUCUACCUCCCACAUCACAGGCACACAUGCAGACAUGCACAGACUCGUUUCCACACAAAUGCAUAUGAAGACAAAGAUGCGCCAAGACAAAGGAGACCAUGUGUAACCUACACGUACUGUUGGGGGAAAGUGCUGUUAGCAAGCUUGUACUAGGUCAAUCUCGGCCUUAAAUGAGUACCUGCUGUGGUGUGAGCAUCAACGCUGGGGAGAUGAGCGCAGCAAGGUGUGGUGCAGGCCACACCAUCUCGUGUUCCUCGUCGGGCUUAAUAUGUGUGUGCUUACAGCACCUAAGCGGACAGUAUAUGGAGGCUAUGAAGGGAUAUUUGUCUAUAAUAGCAUAUCGCUACAAAUGUGCAUAUGAACACCUAUACAUAAACAUAUAUACACACAUGCAACUUGUGAUACCCCCAUGUACAGAGAGAAUUGUGAUUUUUUUUUCGUAUGAUAGCAAAACAGAAAACCCAAACAUUGUGUUAGGUGAAUCUGGUUGGUUACAUGCAGUGUGAUGUUCGUUUUUACAUUCUUUAAAGAAUUGCGUGCUUGUAUUCUGCACUAUGUACCAUGUAAUGACUUGACAUUGUGGCUAUAAAUAGACUCCUAUUAAAUUUUGACUUAAGACUUUCGUGACUGCUGGAAUUCGUAUUCUGUGGUUCUUUCGGUAAAGUCACGUAGAUAGAAAAUAAUCAAAUGGAUUCAGAAAAAAAAUAGAUUUUUAUUACUUUUUUAUUUUCUAUCUACGUGACUUUACCGAAAGAACCAAAUAAUAUAGACUCCUGUUGUAUGUUUCCUAAUAAAUGCGUAUUGCUUCAA